AUGCUAAUAGACAGGGAUGAUAUCAUUUUAUGGAGGCGGCAUUAUCUUCGAACCAUUAAACGGUUGAGUGAUGAAGGCAGACCCAUUUACUACUUGGACGAGUCGUGGGUGAACGCAGGACAUACCCGAAGUUACGUCUGGGUAGAAGACACUAUAAAUUCCUCAAAACAAGCGUUUCUGUCCGGAUUAUCCACCGGAAGCAAGGGCCCAUCAGGUAAUGGGAAACGUCUGAUUACCGCACACAUUGGCAGCAAAACAGGGUUCGUUGAAGGUUGUUUGUGGACUUUCGAAUCCAAGAAAAGUGGAGAUUAUCAUGACGAGAUGUGCGCCGAAACCUUCGAGAAGUGGUUACAAGAUGUUCUUCCUCAGCUUCAGGAAAAUGCAGUUAUUGUUCUUGAUAACGCGCCGUACCAUUCUCGGAGAAAAGAAAAAGUUCCCAAUGCGAAUUCGAACAAGCACGAAAUAUCAGAGUGGCUAAAAUCUAUAACCAUCGAUUUCGAAGACGAUAUGUUGAAGAAAGAACUUUUAGAUAUAGUUAAAAAUCACGUGACAGAACAGCGCACAAUGAAUACGCAAUAG